AGAACACACCGAGGGGAACCUGAACGCAGCAGCAUUACUACAAGUGUGACAGACAACACAGAACACACCGAGGGGAGCCUGAACGCAGCAGCAUUACUACAAGUGUGACAGACAACACAGCAGACCACGCGCUCCAAUGAGAAGAGCUGGUGCCUCCCUGAUUAAAAGCCCUGACUCUACUGCACACACCAAGCCCAGAGAAGCAUGACUGCCUUCAACUCGCCCAGAGACAAAUACAAUGGCGUGUGGAUCAUUUUUUUUAUCCUGGGCUUGGGAACCCUCUUGCCAUGGAACUUCUUCAUGACGGCCACCAUGUACUUCACCAGUCGGCUGAAGGACUCCCCCACAGAGUUCAACCAGACGGCCAACCAGACCAACGUUGGCCUGGACACGCGUAACGUCCUGGAGUCCAAAUUCAACAACGUGAUGACGCUGUGCGCCAUGGUGCCUCUGCUCAUCUUCACCUGCCUCAACUCCUUCAUCCACCAGAGGAUCCCUCAGAAGCUGCGCAUCUCUGGCAGCCUGACGGUCAUCCUGGUGGUCUUCCUGCUGACGGCCCUGCUGGUGAAGGUGGAUGUGACCCCGCUGGCCUUCUUCACGCUCACCAUGAUCAAGAUCAUCUUCAUCAACUCGUUCGGGGCCAUCCUCCAAGGCAGCUUGUUUGGUGUGGCAGGGAUUCUCCCCGCCUCCUACACCACACCCUUCAUGAGCGGCCAGGGUCUCGCUGGCACCUUUGCUGCCUUCUCCAUGAUCUGUGCCCUGGCCACGUUUGUCUCGGGAGAGGGAAGUAGUUUUCCCGAGGGGAGCCUGAACGCAGCACCGAAUGUGAGCGUGGAGUGUGACAGACAACACAGAACACACCGAGGGGAUCCUGAACGCAGCAGUAUUACAACAAGUGUGCCAGACAACACAGAACACACCGAGGGGAGCCUGAACGCAGCAGCAUUACUACAAGUGUGA